AUGUACACGAGGAAGGAUGCUAUUCAUCUCCUCCCGACUGCACGGACUGGUAUGAAUAAUACCAACGUCGUCAGUGCCGCAGUCCCGCCUCAGAGAAGCCUGCGCAUUCCUGACAAGAUUGCGACUCUCCAGAGCCUCCUCCGACUGCUCGAUGCCUUGAUCUUCCUCGAACUCGGGGCGCUCUAUCUCCAAGAUAAUCUGACACUCUUCCUCCUAUUGCGCGCUGUCUCCCAAGCUCUCCACAAUCCUCCAGCGAUACAGCUGCCGCCCGUGGUCCUGAUCAAUGUUAUCUGCUUUGCGACACAUCUUCUGCAGGCAAACCCGGAAGCCAAAGGCUGGGCAUCACGGGGCUACCUUCAUGGCGGUCUGAUCAUUGAUUUCGUGGGGGAGUUGGGGCCGGUUUCGAAAUGGAGGCUUCUCUCGAUGGAUCUCCUCAUAUUUGGCCUGCAACUGAUCGUACUGGUUGUCAGUAACGAGAAACUCAAAGCUGUCGGCGACCCAGAGGCGCAGCAAUCGCAUGAAGAACCAGACGGACAGGAUUUGGAAGCGGCCGAGGAAGGUCGUGUGACGGGUUCCGCCCGACCACCGACCGAGACCGAGGAAGGCAUUGAACUUCAGAACAUUCUGCCAGAACGGUCAGGACAGAGCGGUUCCGACGAACACAAACCUCCCACUGGUAAUGAUCCGGACGAAGACAUCAUCAACUUGGACAUGCGACAAGGACUGACGUUUUUGCUACGAAGAAGUCGCAACCGUACCGCUACGACUACUACAGCUACAGGCACAGACAGUGCUCCAGGGAGUGCCGGGUUCACUGAGAUACUAAACAGAAUAGCCGCUGCUAGGGCGAGAGCUACAUGA